CCAAAACGCCUUGAUUCAGAAUUUAUUCGACGAGGGUCGGUUCUGCUGGAACCAAUUAAGUGGGUGGAUCUGGAUAGCACGUACACAGUUUAUGAGCAACUUGGUACAGGAAGAUUCGGUUUUAUAAAAUUGGCUGAACACAUAGAAUCAAAAAAAAAAAUCGCAAUCAAAUUUUUUCCUAAGCAACAAACGAAGCAGGCAGAUUUUGUGCGAGAAUAUAAUUACUCGUUCUUUCUUUCGCCACAUCCGAAUAUCAUUGAUACGUAUGAAGGAAUGUGUCAGACGAAAGAUGAAAGUGCAUUCUUUUUCGUACAAGAAAUUUGCCCAUACACAUCACUGCGCAAAUUAAUUGAAUUAUCGCAAUCUGGCCUUAGUGAAUGUGCCACAAAAACGAUUAUGACAAAAGUAUUAUCAGCAGUUGAAUUCAUGCAUAGUGAGAACUUCGUUCAUCGAAAUCUAAAAGCUGAAAACAUUUUGAUAUUCGAUGAAAAAGAUCUUAAUCGAGUCAAAAUUGCUGAUUUUGGAUUGACACGGAAAGUACACACCACAGUAAAAUAUUUAGAAUAUGUAAAUAAUUAUCAAGCACCUGAACUAUGUGAAACUGUUGUGAAUGAAGCAUUUACUGUAGAUGAAUCAAUUGAUGUAUGGGCUCUCGGUAUAUUGUUUUAUUACUGCCUAAAAGGACGCUUUCCUUGGCAGAGAGCAACAAUAAUGUGCAAACCAUAUUGGGAAUGGGAACAGUGGAUGAAGCAUAAGUUACCACAGCUUCCUAAACGAUGGGAAUCUUUCAAUGAAAAUGCUAUAAAACUUUUCAAGAAAACGCUUAAUCCCAGAUAUAAGGAUCGUUGGUCAGCCAGAAAAAUUGAAAAAUUUAUCAAAAAAGAACGAAUUCGAAAAAUUGAGAAGGUGGUGCAUGACGAAAAUUAA